AUGCAGAAGGCCAUGGAGAAGUCUCAGAACUUCCGGAUCGACGCCCUUCUGGCUGAGGAGCCCCCCCGGCCCGUGCGGAGCGCCUCCCCGGAGAGCCCCGCGGGCAGCCCCGGCGCCUGCGGGAGGACGGAGACGCCCUCUCCCCCGUGCGCGCCCUCGAGCCUGGCUCCUCUGCCGCCCGCCGCCUUCAUCCCCAAGCCCGGCUUGCUGAACUUGGCCCCUCCGGGACUGGGCGGCCUGCCAGCCCUCUACCCGCCCCCUCUCUACCCUCUCCCUGCUCUGGCCGGCCAGCACCCGGCUUUCGCUUAUGCCGCCGCCUUCCCGCACCUGCCUCAGCCCGGCGCAGAGCACUUGAAGGCAGCCGGCGCCCUUCCGCUGGAGCACUGGAUUCGAGCUGGGAUCAUGGCCCCGCGCUUCCCCGAUUUCCACGCUGCUCCACAGUCUGGCCUGAUGGGCAAAUGCCGUCGACCUCGGACAGCCUUCACAAGUCAGCAGCUUCUUGAGCUGGAGAACCAGUUCAAGAUCAACAAGUACUUAUCGAGGCCCAAGCGCUUCGAGGUGGCCACGUCACUGAUGCUAACUGAGACACAGGUGAAGAUCUGGUUUCAGAACCGAAGGAUGAAGUGGAAGCGUAGUCGGAAGGCCAAGGAGCAGGUGGCACAAGCUGAGAUGGAGAAACAAAAGGGAAUGAACAAAGCGUCUGAGAAACUGCUGUCUGGAGAGGUGCAAGGGCAGGAAGAGGCAGAUGCGAGUGGUGGUGAGGAAUGCAAGAGGCACAGUGCCAGCACACAGUUCCUGCACCACAAUGCCAACACCUUCAGCUAUAGCCCAGAUCCUUCAUGCUCGGAGGAGGAAGAGGAUGUGCAAAGCUCCACCCACAGGGAGAUGAACUUGCUGUUAUGA